AUACAGUUUCCCCUUUUACAAAUAAACAUUCUGUGGAUUUCAUUGCAGAUUUCAAAAUGCCUCGGUCCAAAGAUAAAGAGGAUGCGUUAAUGAAUAAGGCUCUAAGAACCACCAAGACACCUUGCAAUUCAGCAGCAAAUUCUCUUGAUGUGAAUGCCGUCUUGGAUCUGGGUGAUGUGUGUGUUGAUUCUGAUGUGUUAACACCCCAGAAGGUUGCUGAUCACCUAUCAAGUGCAAUUGAUAGUGAGAUGGGGGAAUGUCCAGUAAGAUCCAUGCCUGAUAGUGUUAUGCUACAGAUACUCGGAUAUCUAUCUGUAAAGGAUCUCUGCAGAGCUGCCUGUGUUUGUAGAGGGUGGAACCAUCUGGUAAGACAAAAACCACUGUGGAGAGUAGUGGAUCUUUCACCUUACAAGAUCAGUCUGGUCAACAUUCGUAAGCUAGUCUUUGCUUACUUCAGUGAUUCCCUACGUAGCCUCAGUCUCGGUGGCUUCCUCUCAUCAGUCAAGAAUACAGAGUGUAUCUCAGACUCUUUGCUUCAAGAACUUGGAAACCGCUGCCCAAAGUUGCAAGAACUCUGCAUCAGAGGGGCUGAUUUAUUGAAGGCAAGCUCAACCAACCUGCCACCAAAGUUGCAGACUCUGAAGUUGAUAUCAUGCAACUAUCCCACGUUUUGGCUUACUGCGGCAUUUAAACAGUCUAAACUUGAUUCGCUACAGCAUCUGGACAUGACUUGCUCUAAUGGUUUUGGUAAUCGAGACUUAGAAUCCAUUACACCUGCUCCUAUGACAUCUGUUCUUGUUCUGAAGUUAAGGAACUGCUAUCGCAUCACACCACGAGGGACAAGUCGCAUCACAGACAACUUUCCCAACCUGAAGGAGUUAGACCUAAGCAAGUUGCCUCAGAACAAUGAGACCCUCCAGAAGAUUGGUCGUAACCUGACACAGUUAAGAAUCCUUAGACUUCAUCAGUGCACCAAUAGUGAGAAUGUCCUCUUUGAUUUACACCAUCUAUCACCACUGAAGCAGCUGGAAGAACUUGAUGUAAGCACCAUGCCUGAUAACAGCCCUUUCUCAGAAUCACCUACCUAUGAUGGUAAUGUCCUUGCUGGCUUAGCCAAUUCUCUACCUAAAUUGAAGGUUCUGUUGGUGUCCAAGAAUAAACAUUUUACAGAAGGCCAUGUACAGAGAGUUAACAAUGGUUGUGUAAUGCAUCAAGAAGAAGGUGAUGCUAGGGCUAUGUGGAUGAUUGGUUUCUAUCCACAUGACAGGUUGAUCACAGCAGCACAACAACAAACCCAUUGACGCCCAUUCUAUCAUUUGCAAUGAAAUCUGUUAUUUAUAAGACAAUUUUUUUCCCAAAUGUCUUCAUGGCAAAUUGCACUUUUCCGACAAUGGUAAAAAUCAGAUGCGUAAUGAGCCAAUCAGUUUGAGAGGGCCAGACAUAUCAUAUUGGGUAAAGUUUCUUUAAAAAACGAAGUGAGCGAAUGAAGUGAGAGAGCAAACAUUUUUUCAUCUUUUGAUUAAAAAAAUCUCAUUUCGUGAAAAAUUUGUACCUAAUAUUCAGAAAAUAAUAUAAUAUUUUACUCCUUUUGCUUUCCUUUUUUUUCUCACCCCCUCCUUUUUCUUGGUUGUUAUUUUAUUUUAUUUUUUUAUUCAUUUAUUUAUUUCUAUUUUUUUUUUGGGGGGGGAGUCUUGGGGAUGGUGACAUCCCCCCUUCCUGUACACCAGUAUUAAAUAUUAAAUAACAAGUGGGUCAUUUGAAUGAAUAAAAGAAAACAAACAUAACACAAAGAUAUCUUUAAUAAAUUAUAUCAGAUAAAUAGGCAAACAAGAGAACAGAUGUUACAUUCUUUGUACAUUUAUUUCCUUUUUAUUUUUGUAGGAAAUAUCAAGUAUUUCAUCUCAAGUUUUUUUUUUCCAUAAAGCUCUUGAUUGAUUCAUAGUAAGGAAUUUCAACUGUUCUAAAGUCGAGUCUAAUGCAUUAUUCCAUUUCAUUACUAAAUAUGCUUAAUCCCCAAAACAGUUGUGAUGUGAUGGAUAUUUCAAUGUGCUUUAUUUGGUUAAAUUUCUUUUUUUAUAAUUUAUUGAUUUUACAUCAGAAUUUAAUUUAAUCGGGUGCCCAAUCAAAAUAGAAUAUCUGAAUAUUUUUAUCUUGUUUAAAUAAAAUGCCUUCUUAAUCAUGGAAUGGGCUGAAAAAGUCUGGAUAUAAUUCUUGUCAGCAGCUUUCUAAUAUCCAUUCGCAAAAUAAGCAAAGCUAAUCUUAAACGGCUAUUUGAAUAAAAAUAAUCACAUUAUGGAGAGAGGUUGCAAGAUUAUUUUCAAUUAAGAUCUUAACACCCCGAAAAAUGCCAUACAUAAUUUCUAAUGGGUAAAAAAUACAUUUUAAUGACUACUAUGCAUUUGGAAUAUUGCAUUGUUCCAUGAUUCUUGAGGUAAGCUCACAUUACAGACCUUUUAGCUUUAGACAGGCUUUUAUAUCUUUAAUAGGAAUUAUACCAUGUAAGUUAUAUCAGGAGUGUAAGAAUAAUUAGUACCAGCAAUUAGUACCAGCAAAUGCCACUGUGUAUUUGAAUUUGAAAUGGAAAAUGAUGAUAUAAAUAAUAAUAUAAUCAGUUUGUCAAUUAAAACUUUUUUCUCUUGAUUUUCAAUUUCAAUUUCAAUCAUGGUUUAUUUCGUAUAAAAACAAUACAUGUUACACAGCCAGAAGGCAGAAGUUAGCAUGUUUACAAUAAAAUGUUCACAAGUCAUGGAUAAAAGCAACAAUUACAAUUUAAACAUGUAAUGUACAUAGAUAAUAAAUAAUUUUUAAAGAGCAAGUGUACAUAAAAAUUCAUGAAAUAUAAUAAAAGAGAAUGGAAAAGAAACUGUAAAUACAAUACUAAAAGUGAUGAAUAUUAGACAAUUAAAAAUUCAAAUAUCAAUUGGAUUGAAAUGGAGACUAAAACAAUGGCAAAAAUUUGAGUUGACUUCAAGGGUAUGAAAGUAGAAAUUUAUUUAGAAUUUAGUAAAUCAAUGAAAUAAGGUAUUGCACUUUUUCUAAAACGAUCUGUUUUGCAUUUUAUCUGAGCAAAGUUUGGAACAUUAUGAAUAAAUGUUACAUACAUUAAAAAAAAUCUUUGAGACAUAAAAGUUCAUGUUGAAAGGUUGAAUUGUUAAUAAAGGUCAAUUCAUCCCCAGAAAAAUGUUGAUUUGAAUCAAUAGAGAAAAAUCAAACAAGCGUAAUGCUGAAAAAUUCAUCAAAAUCGGAUGUUAAAUUAGAAAGUUAUGACAUUUUAAAGAUUUGCUUAUUUUUCACAAAACUCAGUGACAUGGAAAUGAGAGAGUUGAUGUCUCUCAUUCGUCGUCUGUUAUAUUUUUUAUUGUUUGAAUUAUUUGAUACUAGGACCAACUUGACUGAAGUUACUGAACCAUAAAAUGUUAAAACAAUGAUAAUAAUGCAUGUUCAGAGAGGAUUAAAACUUUGUUUCAUAUGACAAGGAGAACAUUAAAAUAUUUCAGAUUUCAUAUAAUGAAAUACACAUGAAAUAGUGAGUGGGUGAUGUCAUCAGUCCCCUUAUUUGCAAUUGGACCAGGAUGUUUUCCUUUUAACUGUUUUGUGAAAUGAAACUUUAAAAUGUCAUUACUUUCUUAUUGUACACCCAAUUUUGAUGAAAUUUUCAUUGUUAUGCUUGUUGGAUUUUUUUCCUUCUUAUUCAAAAUAACUUUUUGUGAGAAUGGACCUGUCCUUUAACAAGGAGAUUAGAUAUUUUAAAAAAUUAUAAGACAAAAUAUAUGUAUAUUGAUUUUUUUUUUUUUUUAGUAUGAAAUAAUGUGUUAAUAUAUUCAUUUUAAUUUUUUAUUGAAUUUUUAAUUCAGGAAAUUAAACAUUCUAGAGAAUAUACUCAUGCCUGAAGCAUUAGAGCAAAUAUUAUAGUCAAUGGUCAAGCUGUUUCAAGAUCAAUAGGCCUAUGUUUUAUUGUCCAGCCUUGUUUGGUAAAUUACUUCAUGUACAUGUCAAAGAACAUGUAAAUUUUAAGUCUAUAUAUUGUCUUCUAAAGAUAGUGAAACCUUCGUGUCUGUUUAACUUUGAGUUUGAAGUCUAGAUGUUUUUUGUUACUUGUGUGUAAAGUGCCAUGUAAUGGAUAAAAUAGAUAAUAUAAUGGGUGUUUCACAGAUUUGACUAAGAGUCGCACUUAAAUGCCGACGCGUAUAUGAUAUGCAACGUGCAAUCUUAUUGAAUAAUACCCAGUAGUUUGCGUCCUCUUGGCAUGGUCUGACCAAUGCGGUUGUGCCAUUUAUAAUGCACGCAACUACGGUAAGCAAGUGCGACUUUAAGUCAUAUACAUGUAUGUAAGUCUUUUUGAAACACCACCCUGGAAUAGUAUUCUUUAUCAUUAUUUUAUGUUUCAUUGCCAUGCAAUUUGUGAAUGCUUAAUCUUGCAUAAAUUUAUCUCACUUAUCAAAACCUUGUAUCAGUUAGUGUAUUUUGAAAGUUGUCUUGUGAUUAAAAAAACUGUUGUAAAAGUUUACAAUAGUUCAUAAUAUACAUGUA